AUGGCGAUCUUUAUUCAGUCUUUGACGUUCCAGAGUCAAAAUAUCACCAUAUCGGAUUGGAUCAGUGUUCUCACGCUCUGUUUGGCGCCUCUCAUUGCUCACGUUCUCAUCGGCGCGCCUUCACCAACAUAUCUCUCAGUCAGUCGCCCGCCAUGGCAUGAGCGCGUCUGCCAUUACAACCCCACCUCUAUCCUCUGGCGAUACGCCAUGAUCACCGAUCGCAGAAUCCGUGCGAAGAACUGGGACAGGAUCGAUCUAGCUGCCACGAAUGCACUGUUCUGGACUGAUGCGGGUUGGGACGGCAGCGAAGAGAUUAUCCAAUACAGCCGGCCACGUUGUGUCCAGCUCCCUGACGAUGAUAGAGUGACAUUCCUAUCUCGAGACGCUUUCAAGACCCUCAUCAUCACUAUCCAAGGACUCCAAGCUAUCAUCCUACUACUUGGCAGCCAAAUUGAUCCCGCUGCGCCAGGCUUCACUGUGUUUAUGGGCGUCGACAUCAUUUUCUUCCCGGUCGCUCUCUUCGGUCUGCUUAGACUCUGCAGCUGUAUUUGGCUGACUGAUGAGUUCUCAUUCGCCUCUAUGGAAGAUCUUCCCUUGGGGACACCGCAGAUGAUCGAGUGCAGCACCGCAUCCUUCGAGCUCUUAACCACCAACCCUGCCCUAUCAGGGCCACAGCGAUAUCACAAUCCUUCAUUUUGGGGCAGUACGAUAUUCCGAACUAUUUACGUUCUCGCUCAAUUUGCCCUCAUUGCACUUGCCUUGUCCUUCAUUGUGACUAUCGGUGGCUCGUUCUUUUACACAUUCACAACUUUUGUCGUUAUCCUGUUUUAUCUGUUUGUGAUCGGCGUGUCGGCGCUUUUGACUAUCUGGUAUUUUGGCAUCAAAUCAUCAAGGUCCACCGUCAUACCAUGUAUGUCCUCGAUUUGGUACAAGUUCUACACCGGAUUGGUCCUUGGGUUUGGUAUCGCACUCAUUGUGAUUGCCUGCAUCGAGACGCGCAAAACUCCUUGCGGAAAGUUUACAAGUGGUACGGGAUGGCAGGCAGAUGCUAUGGCUUGUAUGGGCAAUGCUUUCGACAAAACUGAAACAAGAAAGGUGGUUGACGGCCCUUACAAUGGAACUACCUGGUACGGAUUUAUGCAUGCGAAGAAUGCUAGUUUCGUGCAGGCUGAGUAUAUGGACGACCACCACAACAGUUUCAAUUUCACCAGGAUGUGCUUCAGCAGCAUGUAUGGGAUUUGA